GCUUCGAUGGCCCCGUUGCUUCGGUUUGGCGCGAGGAAGGUCUGCGGCCAUGCCGGCCUAGAGCGACCACUGCAGGGCAGUUUCAUGGCGGCCAGGUCGCUCACCGUCGUCAAGGAGGAGCAGCCGCGGAAGCUGCCGUGGACUAUUUUCCAUGGCAGGCUGAGCUCACUCCACUGGUUCAGCAGCUCCCCUGAAUCACCAUACGAUCCUCUCACCAACAAUCACAGGCACUUCCCUGUGGGCCUGCGUCGAUUGGAGGAGAAGCGGCAGGAGUUGCUCCGUUUGCUCCGUGAGAUGGACGAUCUCCAAGCUGAGAGAUGCGCCAUGGAGAUCAAGAAGAACACCAAGCUGCUCCAGCUGCUUGGGCGACCCCCUUCAAAACCAUGGUCAGCUGAAGAUUUCAAACGACACUUUGGCGUUGAUGACUUUAAGGACUUCAUACUAUCCCUUCCAUUUAUGGCAAUGGCACUCUUUCUCUUUGUCGCUUUCUCUAUGAUGACUAUCUUUAUGUUGCUUUUGCCCUUGUUCUUACUCUGUACAUCUACAUCUAGGACCGGCCAGAAAUAUAAGGAGCACACACUUUCCGAGAAAGAUUUAGCUUCGACCAAGGAGUAAUCUAGCUUAUCAUUUGGACCAAUCUAUUUGAUAUCGGAAGUGUGUGCUCUCCUACAUUACUUCUGUGAAGAAUGAGAGCUACA